GAGUGUGUGAGAGAACUUGUUGAGACAAAUAGUUGAAAUAGUUACUAAGCUGAAUUCAGUUGCAAUUCAGUCAUCUAAUUUAUUAAUUAUUCUCAUAGCGCGUUUUGCUUGAAGUACAGACCAAUGAUACGCAUAUAACAAGGAGUCUCGAAAUUCAGCAUGGAUAGAGAACGGAAUCAGAGAGACGACUGGAAUUUCCGUUAACUGCAAAAACAGUAGCCCAACCAGUGGGCAGAUAUGCAGACAUCUCAAGGGGGUCAAGGAAUAAUUUAAAAGCUCUCUCUUUCAUUGGUGGACGCAGUGCAAGCUGACUGAUAUUUCCAGACCGAAGACUAGACUACCAAGGACCAUACAACAAGUUACCUGAGAAACUUUGAUACUUUGGUCAAUCAACAGAACACAAUGAGGCCCGAGGAUAUGAUGCAGGAGCUGCCAGAUCUUUGGAUUUUUGGCUACGGCUCCUUGGUGUGGAAACCGGACUUCAAGUACAAAAGACGCAAAGUUGGUUAUAUUCGUGGCUACAAGAGACGCUUUUGGCACGGGGACAACUUUCAUAGAGGCAAUGAUAAAAUGCCUGGAAGAGUAGUGACAUUGGUGGAGGAUCAUGACGCCUGCACGUGGGGUGUUGCCUACGAAGUCACCGGCAAACAAGUUCAGGAAUCUCUCAAGUACCUGAACCUCAGGGAGGUGGUGCUGGGCGGCUACGUCACCAAGAUGGUGGAGUUCCGACCGCAGGAGGAGGGCGAAGCUCCCCUGCUGUCCCUGGUCUACAUCGCCACCUCCGACAACCCCAUCUACCUCGGGCCGGCCAGCCCCGGCGAGAUCGCCGCCCAGAUCGCCUGCUGCCGGGGCCAGACCGGCCACAACAUCGAGUACCUCCUGCGCCUCGCCGAGUUCAUGAGGCUUUGCUGCCCGGAGGUGGAGGACGAGCACCUCUUCUCCAUCGAGGCGGCCGCCUUAGCCCUGGUGCUGUGACAGGAUUUGGCGUAUUCGGGGACACACACACACACACACACACACACACACACACACAAACACACACAUGCACGCACACACGCCUUACACUGGUGCUAAAAACACACACACACACACACACACACACACACACACACACACACACACACACACACUCCAUCUCUUUAUGUUACACUGGUGACAUCAACAUGGACACAUUUCUCGGUCAAGAGCUUUGAAGUCACAGUCCAAGUCCACCAUAAACAGGUACAUGCGAGUGUCUGUGUAGAUAUUUGUUGCGGCGACAGUUUGAGGCUUCAGCAAGUUCGGAGAAGCUGUAAAAACACUUGAGGGGGCUGAAUAAACCCCUCACUGUACAGAGCUGAAGAAUGGUCAGGACCUCUAUUUCAUCUGUCAUGUUCCGUCAUGUCGGGUUAAAUUCAUUUCUCUGAUCUCAUGGACCACAGAUGAGAGAGGCCAGAGUCUAGAUGCGAGAGAGUGGAUCUUGGGGUGACAUUUUUAUAUUGUUUUACGCGAGUUUAAAUCAAACGCUUUAAAGGGGCUUGAUUGGGCUUUUUUUGCUUGAGGCAGAUGUUAUAGGUCUGCUUGUGAUUGCAACCCCAUGUGAGUCGACCACAGCUCUGGGAUAAUGUCCAGGGCUUUGGGAUCACCAACGUAAACACAGAAUCUGACCAGACUUUGUGAAAUGUGUUUGACCACAGAAUGCUCUGACUGUGAUGCCAUCAGCGACUGUAUCAAGGCAUCAACAGCAGUGAUUUGACUGAUAAUACACAUUGUUUUCUGGUCCUAAGAAGGGACCAGUUUGUUACCCCCCCCACCCCUUGUUAAUGUAUAUACUGCACUGUAUAAGCUCUUUGACAGAAUGUCUGUUUCAAUGAAUCUGCUAUGUACGCUGUGCCUUUGUUCUAAAAGGACACAAAAAAAUAAAUAAAUAACAUUUGGAUUUCAUAGGAAUAGUUUCAUAACCAGCAACACAUUGUACAAGAAAAAGGGCAGUCAUACAAUUGCAAAAAUACAUUUUCAGUUUAAGAAGAAAAAAAAAACGUAUGCAAUGAAGUCAGCUGUCUGAGAGGCGACCAUGACUGUCCAGUCUGUCCAAUGUG